AUGCCUGCCGAGAGGGCAUUCCACUUGUACACUAAUCCCACUUCCUCUCCUCCUACGAGCACGAAGAAAUUGAACCGGUGCCAGCCUGGGGAAGGCUGCAGUGACCCUUCUGCAAAGAUGGCUCAGACGGAGGGCCAUCCUACACCAACUCCUUCAAAAGAGACGACUCCUCCUCCAGUCCCUGUCGACCAUAAUCCUCCUCCAGCUCCCGCCGACACAACUCCUCCAACUUCCACUGACCAGGUUCCUCCUGGUCAGCCAGAAAAAGUUCCAGGAGAAGCCCUUAUGAAUAUGGCUCUCAGCUUAGCCAAAGAUAGGUUGACAAAGCUAUCAAGGCACCGACGCACCGAGAGGCCAUCAACAACACUGAAUCUUUGGAAGUCGACCAGAUCUUUAACCAGAGUUUUAACCAUGAGUACUGGUUGGCGCCGCUCAGGGGCAUUGACUGCUCAGUAUGAGAAGAGGCUUGGUGAAUAG